UUCUCUAUAAAUACCCUUCUGAAUUAUGCUUCCUGCAGAGCCACUGCCCAGCUAAGCUGCUUGGCUUGAUCAGUUCCAGUUUCGAGAUGGCCUGGCUCGGAAUCGGAAUGGGAAGGCAGAUUGUUCCUGUUCUUGUUUUCGUUGCUGUACUCUGCAGCGGUGUUGAUGCAUCGUUCAACAGGUACAGCUUCCCCAAGGAUUUCAUCUUCGGCACCGGCUCUGCAGCGUAUCAGUAUGAGGGAGCUGCUAAGGAAGGAGGUAGGGGUCCUAGCGUCAGCGUGUGGGACACUUUCUCGCACAUCCCAGGAAAAAUCUUAAAUGGUGACACCGGCGAUGUGGCAGAUGACUUCUAUCAUCGCUACAAGGAGGAUGUAAACCUUCUCAAAGACAUGAACAUGGACGCCUUCCGGUUUUCCAUUUCUUGGAGCCGGAUCCUGCCAAAUGGAACAUUGAGUGGAGGGGUGAACAAGGAAGGAGUAGCUUUCUAUAACAACCUGAUCAAUGAAAUCAUAGCCAAAGGGAUGAAGCCAUUUGUCACAAUCUUCCACUGGGACACACCACAGGCCCUUGAGAGCAAAUACGGAGGAUUCCUGAGUGAGAAUAUCAUCAAGGAUUAUGUGGACUUCGCCGAAGUGUGCUUCCGGGAGUUCGGCGACCGUGUCAAGUUCUGGGCCACCUUCAACGAGCCAUGGACCUACUGCUCCCAGGGCUACGGCACCGGCAUCCACGCCUUGGGCCGGUGCUCCCCCUACGUCUCCACCUCCUGUGCCGGCGGCGACUCCAGCCGCGAGCCUUACCUAGCAGCGCACCACGUCAUCCUCGCCCAUGCCACCGCCGUCCACCUCUACCGCACCAAGUACCAACCCACGCAGCACGGGCAGAUCGGCAUCACGGCGGUGUCGCACUGGUUCGUGCCGUAUAAUGACACGGCCGCUGACCGCCGCGUUGUGCAACGCAGCCUCGACUUCAUGUACGGAUGGUUCCUGGACCCCAUCGUGCACGGCGACUACCCAGGCACGAUGAGGGGGUGGCUCGGGGCGCGGCUGCCGGCGUUCACGGCGGAGCAGGCGGCAGCGGUGAGGGGAUCCUAUGACUUCAUCGGCGUCAACUACUACACCACCUACUACGCCAAGAGCGUGCCGCUGCCCAGCUCAAACAGGCUCUCCUACGACACCGACAUCCGCGCCAACACCACUGGCUUCCGCAACGGCAAACCCAUUGGUCCGCAGGAGUUCACCCCGAUCUUCUUCAACUACCCUCCGGGUCUCCGCGAGCUACUCCUCUACACCAAGAGGAGGUACAACAACCCGAUCAUCUACGUCACAGAAAAUGGAAUCGCCGAGGGGAACAACAAGAGCUUGCCAAUCACGGAGGCGCUCAAGGACGGGCAUAGGAUCGAGUUCCACUCGAAACACCUGCAGUUCGUCAACCACGCCAUCAAGAACGGGGUGAACGUGAAGGGCUACUUCACCUGGACGUUCAUGGACUGCUUCGAGUGGGGCGACGGAUACCUCGACCGAUUCGGCCUCAUCUACAUCGACCGCCUCAACAAUCUCAAGCGCUACCACAAGCAGUCCAGCUACUGGAUCGCCAACUUCCUCAAGCGGAAGAAGUACUGAGUGAGCUAAUGGUUCUAGCUAAGCUAAGCUAGCUCUCUGUGCGAUUUUCAGUUUCAGAGUGAUUGGUGAAUUGAUGUACUGUACAUGCUUGACCACCGUUGCCAUUGUUGAGUGAGGGGGAGGGGAUAAAGCUCAUUGUUGCUUGAGCUAUUUGAUUUACCAAUUGGAAUUCGUUUCGGUUGUUUGUUCGUCGAUCUGGAGGAAAAUAAAACAAAUUCUCGUCUCUUUGUUUCA